AUGCAUAUGAAUAUUAUACACAUAUAAUACUAUAUAACAACUAGAUAAGAUAACGAGAUUAUCAAAAAGUCUGCUUGUACAGAGAAAAACUAAGCUGCGAGUAUAAAAGCACUAUGCAGUGCUAUCACGGGCAUUCUCGCAAAGGCAGCAUUUAAAUACUUACAUAGUUAAUCAUCCGUGAGAUGUUCACACGCAAAUUACACAACGCUGAUCCCAGCAAAGCUACAACUAUACCCGAUCCUGCAGCACCCAAUUAUCUGCUCGGCGAUUAUAGUUACGGUAAACAGGGAGUGCAAGUGUUUCAACUGAAGAAAGAUGGACCCUUGCAUAAUGUCACCGAAUAUAAAGUAAAUUCGCAUAUGCGUCUGCGUACACAUAAGGAGUACUACGAAGCCGACAAUUCCGAUAUCAUCGGCAGUGAUGUGCAAGGGAAUACCAUCUAUGUGCAUGCACAAAGGCAUGGCCUACAUACACCCGAGGAAUUUGCGCUGACGCUUACGGCACAUUUUCUAGAGAAAUACGAUCUAGUCGCCGAAUCGAAUGUGCUUGUUGAGGAGAUGGCAUGGGAUCGUUUUGGUGAGCAAGAGCGGCAGGGCUACUACAAGGACCAGCGGCAUAAUCAUGCGUUCAUGCGAAAUACGAAUGGCACGCAUGGUUGCGAGGUUGUGAGGAGAAGAGAUGCUCCACCAUUGUUGAUUGGCACUUUUCAUGGCUUGCGCAUUGUUAAGACGGCUCGUGCGCCAUUCACUGGCUAUGUGAAAGGUGAUUUCUUCUCUGAGGGCGAUAUGGACGAUCGAAUUUUAUGUACCGAUGUAAAUGCCCGUUGGCAGUAUGCAAAAGUGGAUGGUAUUGAUUUUGCGACGCAUUGGCUAAAGGUGCGUGACUUGAUAUUGCGUUCUUUCGGUGGUGAUCCCAAGGAGGGUGUGAUCACCACGAGUGUCCAGUAUGCAGCUUAUAGCGCUGAACGGGCUGUACUUGAUGCGAUGCCCGAGAUUUGCAGCAUAUCCAUAAGUUUACCAAAUUAUCAUCAUUUUCCGUUUGAUUUCUCACGCUUCCCACCGUUCGAGACGAAAGCUGAUGUCAUUAUCGUUCAUCCAGAGGAGACACCAUUAGGUAUUGGAUAUGCGCAAUUGGACCGUUUGGCAAAGUGAAAUUCAGUUGAUAUUGCUGCGGUAGUGGAUGACUUCCUAUGAGGGAAGUUUUUGUAAUUAUUGUACUAAGAAAGUUUUAAGUAAAAUUUAAUUAAAAGUAAAAUAAA